UGGGGGUGGAGUCCCGGCUGACCUGUGACGCUUCUGGGAGGCCGCUUCGCGGACAGGAUACACAAUGAGACGGGGGCCGGUGCAAUAGAGAUCUACGGAGAGGGAUGAGGAUUCUCCUGAUCGCACACCAUCUCGGAGGAUUGCACUUGCUGAUCCCGGGGACAGCGCUCGGGUGACAGCUCAGCAUGAGUGGCCAGCGGGUUGAUGUCAAAGUAGUGAUGCUGGGAAAGGAGGCGGUGGGGAAGACCAGCCUGGUUGAGCGAUAUGUGCACCACCGCUUUCUGCAGGGACCGUACCAGAAUACUAUCGGAGCUGCGUUUGUUGCCAAAGCUAUGAAUGUGAAAGGGCGUAAUGUUACUCUGGGAAUCUGGGACACUGCUGGCUCUGAACGCUAUGAAGCCAUGAGCCGAAUAUACUACCGAGGUGCCAAAGCUGCUAUAGUAUGUUAUGACCUCACAGACAGCAGCAGCUUCGAUCGAGUGAAGUUCUGGGUGAAUGAACUGCAAAACUUUGAGGAGCACUGUCGGAUAUACAUCUGCGGCACCAAGAGCGACCUGGUGGAAAACGACAGAAGCCUGCGCCAGGUUGACUUCCAUGAUGUGCAGGAUUAUGCGGAUGAGAUUAAGGCUCAUGUGUGUGAAACAUCUAGUAAAACUGGCCAAAGUGUCGAUGAGCUGUUCCAGAAGGUGGCUGAAGACUUUGUGAACUAUAACGACUUUCAGGUUGUAACAGAGCCAAAAGGAGUGGAUUUGGGUCAGAGGAGAAAUGCCACAUCAUACCUAUGCUGCCAACACUAGGGAAAUCCCAUACUAAGUGCCAAGGCCUCCACGUUCUUCUGGGACUACUUUUUAGAUGUUUUCCCUACAAAUUGUUGCAGUGACUUUAGAGCUAUUGUCACAUGACAUCCUUUCACGUACGUAUUGGGGAGAAGCAGACUGUUGUAUAUAACGCGCUUCAUGUGACGAGGCAGAGAAGAUUCCUUAUCUACCACAAGGCUUACACUGAACCCGAAGGCUGUAUAAAGUUUAAUCUUUGACUAUUUUGUGUGAUGUCAGUUCCAAAAUAAAAUAGAUGGUAAUGAGUU